AUGGCGUCGUUCCUCCAGAAUGUGCCCCUCCCAUCCAUUGAUCGGCCCUUUGGCGUGCACCUGUGGCCUAUCUUCGAUAAGGCCUUCGAGCUGGUGAAGGGAUACCCUGCCAGCGAGUUCAAGUUCCAGGAGGGUGUGACCGCCAUGUCCACCCUGAAGGAGACCGCGGCUCUUAUGGUUACCUACUACGUGGUUAUCUUCGGUGGCCGUGAGGUUAUGAAGAACUUUCCCGCCUUCAAGCUCAACACUCUCUUCAUGAUCCACAACUUCAUCUUGACUGUUAUCAGUGGUGUCCUGUUGGUUCUGUUCUUGGAGCAACUGAUCCCCACUCUCUGGAACCACGGUGUUUUCUACACUAUCUGUGACCACCGCGGUGGAUGGACUCAGCCUCUCAUUGUUCUUUACUACCUGAACUACCUUAACAAGUACUGGGAGUUCCUCGACACUGUUUUCCUGGUCCUUAAGAAGAAGCCCUUGACCUUCCUCCACACCUACCACCACGGUGCUACUGCCCUUCUGUGCUACACUCAACUUAUCGGUCUGACUGCCGUGCAAUGGGUUCCGAUCACUAUCAACUUGCUGGUUCACGUUGUGAUGUACUGGUACUACUUCCAGAGUGCCCGUGGUGUCCGCAUCUGGUGGAAGAAGUACAUCACCAUGCUGCAGAUCCUCCAGUUCGUCAUUGACGUUGGCUUCAUCUACUUCGCCUCGUACAGCUACUUCUCUUCUGUCUACUUCCCCUGGGCUCCCACCAUGGGCAAGUGUGCCGGUGAGGAGUUCGCUGCAUUUGCUGGUAUUGCCAUCAUCACCUCUUACCUUUUCCUGUUCAUCGGAUUCUACAUUGCCACCUACAAGAAGGAGGUCAAGGUCGGCCGCCCCCGUAGCAACACCGGCAAAAAGUCCCUGAUCGACAUGAAGAACUUCGAGAUCCCCUCCCCGGCUGCCACCGCUACCGGUCGCUCCAACGGCCCGGUCACUCGCUCCCGCAAGGCGUAA